GUGAGGCCACCGUCAGAGAGAGUAGCCUAACUGCAGCACGAGUCUUAUGUCAUCGCUGGAUUUGAUGACAAAAGAGUGUUUAGCUUCUGGGACCCUGUCCCCGGCCUCCCUUCAAAGAAGGUUCAUAAAGAAGAGGAGGGUCGCUCCGUGGGCGCAGCAGGAUGCGGACAGCGACUGUCAGCUGUGCAGGUGCUCCAUAUAUUCCCUGUCUGGCAGUAGUCGCUCUGUUCGGCGGAUUUUGACAGCCUGCAUCCUCUCUUUCCUGGCACUGCUUGGCUCUGUAUCCAUAGACCUCAGCUCCAGCUUUGACCUGCUGCACACAACAGAGGCUGCUUACGAUGAGCUUACUUCAUGUAGGACGAAAGCUAUCCUGCAACACGUCAGUAAGCUUCAAAAGAUGAGACAUGUAUUCACCAAAGACAUGGGCAAUGAGACAUUGCAGGCAAGUUUUUCAGAGAUUGUGUUUCCUGUGUUCGGUCAUCUCUGUGGUGAAAUGGCAGUUCAAAGCAAUAGCCAUGGGAUCCCUUGUAGUGUUGAGUUGGCUGGAUUUUGCCAAGAGUUGAGGUGGAGCGUUCAAGGAUUUCUAAAUACUUCUAUGGAUACAAAUGGCACAAGUGAAAAUGGUACCUCUGCUUACUCCCUGGCCAUCGGAAGACUUCUUGACAUCUGGGGUACCGUAGAAGAUACUUUAAUCAAAGUCAAACUGAAUUCAAACUGGAGAGAUGUACUGUCUGCAAGACUACUGAUACAAUUCAUAGAGCUCAACCAUCAGUUGAUGGACUUCCCCCACAUGGCAACUCACACUGACUUCCAGUAUAAGUGGACUUAUGUACUAAGCUACCUUGGCUUUGCCAGAGUUAUGACAGAACAACUGAAUGACUGCUGGGUAGAGAACAUAGACCUCAAGUUAAACUCAAGCCAGCAUGUAAAACAUUCUUAUAUUUUUGACACAAGUCUUUGGCUGAUCUCUGGAGCAGGGACAGAGCUUCUGUCGGGGUCUCACACUGGAAUUCAGGCUCUGACAUACACUCAGAAUUGCUUGUUUGAUCGUGCGGUGCCGGCUCUCAGGUUGACGUCUCGAGCCGUGUCUUCGGGCCUCAGUAUGAGGGUCUGCCUGCUGUCCAUAGCCUGCCUCAUCUACCCGGUAGUGAUGGUCUCAUUCAAGCAGAUGACCGAGUGGAUACAGAAUUACGCCCAGAGCUUGAAGGAGAAGACAGAGGACCUGAAGCGCCAAAGGCAGUUGGCUGAGGAUCUGCUGCACCAAAUGCUACCCAAGUCAGUCGCCAAGCAGCUCCGCCGGCAUAAACAUGUCGAGGCAGAGAGCUAUGAGAAGGUGACCAUUUUUUUCUCAGACAUUGUGGGCUUCACCUCUAUCUCUGCGUCCUGUGCUCCUCUUCAAGUGGUGGAGAUGCUCAACAACCUCUACAUGUGCUUUGACACACGCAUAGACUCCUACGAUGUCUACAAGGUCGAGACGAUUGGGGAUGCAUACAUGGUUGUGAGCGGUCUGCCUGAGAGGAACGGGGACAGACAUGCUGAUGAGAUCGCCAAGAUGGCGCUGGAUCUGGUAGCAGCCGUCAGACAGGUCUCCAUCCCUCACAUGCGCAACCACAGGCUGCAGCUCCGAGCCGGUAUCCACACAGGUCCAUGUGUGGCGGGAAUCGUGGGCUACAAGAUGCCAAGAUACUGUCUGUUUGGAGAUACUGUCAACACAGCCUCUAGAAUGGAGUCAACCAGUCUGCCUCAGAAAAUCCACACCAGCUCAGAAACCUACUUGGCUCUGAUCAAAGACAACGCCUACGAGCUGCAGCUCCGUGGAGAGAUUGAGGUUAAGGGUAAAGGCAAAAUGAACACAUACUGGCUGAUUGGCCAUAAGAACUACAGUGUGCAGAACGACAGCCUGGUUUGCCACUGGAAUCCCAACAUGGCCAGAAAGAAGAAGACGGUGGCCGGCAGUGAUGUCUCUGUGGGCAAUUCAUCAGUGACAGUGCAGAGCCUCAGUGAGAACGCCACCACCCCAGUCUCCCUUCCGUCCUCAGUGUGAACCAAACUCCACCUCGGCCCCGGACAGACAAGCCUGGCCGGAGCGUGGCAGCUCAGAUGGAGCCUUACGGCGGCAGCUACGGUACCCUGAGCUCCAUGAUCGGGGGGCUACAGGGAGGGGAUGAGAGCCCUCUACCCAGAGUAGCAAUGGGUGCCAACCCGACCUGCUGCCUGGCUCCAACCACCACCUGUAACCAGCUCAGGACUUCCGUUACUAUGGGAACAUCAAUUAAACGAGGAGAAUGACAGAGAUUAGU